UAACCCACAGACAGUUUACCAGAGUGUGCCUUGGUUCUGUUUCGGCUUCCUCCACAAGCUAGAUACUUGCAGUCUAGACUCUAUAAGAAGCGUGCUAUAAGCCGAGAGAGAGAGAGAGAGGUCCAGCUGCCGCGCAUGCCUCGCCUUUUGCGUCACCAGGCGCAGAAUGGCCCAGGUCGCAGCAGGAGCAGCAGGCUGAGCAGGAUCCGUUUUAGAGUGCUGAAGUUGAUACUGAUAGCCACUGUGGUUAAUUGCAGCAGCUGGCGCCGAUGUCGGCCAUUGUGGGCGCUGGACGGGAUCUGGUGCUGACGCCCAAGCAGUCGCUGCAAUCGAGCGGCAAGCGAAUCUACUACGAGGAGCAGCCAACGGAGGCUGUGGUGCGCAGCUGGGAGCGCACCUUGAAGCAUGUGACCUAUGUGACGCUGUUCACGGACGCCGCCGUCGGCGCCGCCGCUGGCAAUCUCAGCAGCCAGCUGCAUGACUAUCACAACUUUUUGCAGACGCCGUACAUGCCGCUGGCCGUUGCCCAGCCGCAGCUAGGCCCGGCCCGGUUUGGGGAUAUUGUGACGCUCGCCAGCGGUCGGCUGGAGCAGUUCUCGGCCAAUGGCAGCUAUCGGUUUGUCGAGGGCAGCACGGAUGCCCAACAGAUGGCAACGGCGGGCAUCCAGACACGCGCCCUGUGGCGCGUGCAGCGCAUCCGGCAUCGGGAUGGCGGCAUUGGCCAGAGUUUGCCCCAACGCUUCCAUUACGAGCUGAAGUUCAGCGUAUCGCCGCUGGCGGCAAGCAUUGGCUGGCCGCCGCAGAGCUACAUCCAAAAGGAGUCCGACUAUCCGCAGAGCUUUGGCCGACAGGUCUACGAGCAGAAGCGUGAACAGGAGCUCGCCCAGCGACGUCAGGAUCGGCAACCGCAGGCGACAUUUAUGCAUGGCAUAUUUCAGCCGCCGCCGCCACCGCCGCCGUUGCCACCGUUGCUGCCGCCCAAUCUCAACAUUGGUGAGUAUCUGAAGCAGGGCAUACCCAAGGGUACGCCCAAGAUUGAACAGUAUCCGGGCCUAUAUAAUCUGGGCUUGCGUCCCAACUUCAUACCGGCGACAACAUUUCGACCCGGCGGCUAUCCGGUCAAGUUUGGUCCACGGCCGGAGCUGCCCGCUCCCCCGGAGCCUUACCCCUUGCCCAACGAACUGGGCAGCGGCGGCGGCCCCGCUAAUGCCGCUUCCGUGCCAGCCAAUCCGACAGUCACCCAUCAUUUCCAUCAUCACUUCUACAUGACGCCCAAUGGCCUGGUUGAUGGAGGCGUCGGCAGCGGCGGCAACCACGCUGAGCUGGGCUAUCGUCCACCCGCUUACGUGGCGGAACUGUCCACCCCAGCGCCACCCACAAGGCCGCCCUAUCGACAUAGUUAUCCAGAACAUUAUUAUGAAUCGCAUCGUGAGCUGCAAUUGCCGACAAACCGCGAACCAGCUUCUGCGGAAUCCCUGGAGCCCGGCGAGGAUGAGCAUCAGGAACAGGAACAGCAUCCUCAAAUCUAUACAGGUUACGAGAAGGCAUCCAAACACGACACGUCCACGCUGGCACCGCUGUUAAUCUAUGCCGGCGCCGCGGCAGAUGCUGAGGAGGAGCAAAAGUCAUUUGUGCAGAGCGAGCCGCUGGAGGAGACCGUCUACCGCUACUCCGAGCCGGAUCCGCUUUAUGUGCAUCAGCAUCCGGUCGAUAUACUACAGCUGGAGUCGCCGCACAGCUAUGAAUCCGAUGAACCACUGCUUCAGCGGCGGCAGCAGCAGCAGCAGCAACACCCAGGGCAGUUGGAGCGCGGCACUUCAAGCGAGCAACAGGAGGACGGGACGGAGGACGAGGAGACGGCAGAGCUGCCCAGCAUACAGACCGAACAGCGACCCGCUGGCAGUCAAAAACAAGCCAAACUGGCCACCACAGCAGCACCAGUGUCCAGCACAGGCACAGAGAACGCAACAGCAACAACAGCAGCAGCAGCAACAACAACAACAACAACAACAGCAGCAACAACAACAACAAGCACUUCAAUGGCACCACCGAGAGCAGCGGCCACAAGCCGAGCAAGCUUUGUGUCCACCUCGACCAGCAUUACGCCGCUGCGCGCUUUAAGUCGCUAUCGGACAACGCCGCGCAUCACCGCAGGCAGAUCGACAACAACAACAACAACAACAACCACGGAGCAGCCGGCAAUAGCCAAGUGGAAGCAGCGCCGCAAGGAGAAUGCCACCAGCAUGGACAGCCGGGCUAAGAGCAGUCAUCGCCACGAGUCCAAGGUGGCAUUUGUGCCCACGACAGCAGCCACAGCAGCAACAACAACAACAAUAGCACCGACAACAACAGCACCGACAACAACAACAUCUUCGCCUGCAGUCAACAGCUCGGCAUUGCCGGCAGGUGAAAUCAUCGAGGUGCUCACCCAGAAAUCGGUUAGCAAGUCCGUCAGCAUCAAGGUAGGCGAGAACGGCGAGGAGAUACCCAUCAUUGUGGACGAUGAUGAGAACGAGGUGAAGAAAAGCUAAAUGCCCCAAAAAUGCAAUUGACUAAUCCUAAACUUAAGCGUAACAAAAAUGGUAAAUAAACUGAAAACGAAGCAGGAACAGGAGCAGGAGGAGGAGAAAGAGGAGCUGACCAAAUCAUGAGAGUUUUCAGUUAUUUUCAUGUUAAGUAUUUUCUAGAAUUUGUAGCAUUCGAAUAAAUAUGAUUUGAUUCAAAUUAAAAACUAGCUUGCA